AUGUCUACAUCACCAACAUCAACAUCGUCAUCAACCACUACAACAGGAUUACCAGGUCAUGCUGAAUUAUAUGAUCCAACAACAGGUAGUUGGACAACUACAGGAAGCAUGAAUGUUGCACGAGAAAAUCACACAGCAUCCAUAUUAGGAAAUGGAACAGUAUUGAUUACUGGUGGAUAUAAUACUAGUCCUCUCAAUAGUGUCGAAUUAUAUGAUCCAAUAACAGGUAGUUGGACAAGUACAGGAAACAUGAAUUUUGCACGAGAAUAUCAUACAGCAUCCAUAUUAGCAAAUGGAAAAGUAUUAGUUACUGGUGGAUAUAAUGGCAGUAAUAGUCUUAAUAGUGCUGAACUGUAUUGA